GGGCUGCCCUCUGUCUGUUUCUUCGUUCCGUUCUACUUACCUCCGACAAGGCCUCCGCGACUCCGUCCGCGACUGGAAAGGUUUCUCUAAGCACUUUCCACUUCCUCCUCGCACACUUGUCUCAUCAAAUCUCACAGCUACACCUCACCAUCUCUCUCAGGCUUUUUCUCAAACGGUUUCGCUACCGGCUCACUCCCUUAAACCUUCAUUCUGCUAUGUCUCUCAAGCUCUUAAAGACCCCAUCGACUUCAUUGCCGAUAAGUUCCAUUUCCAUGGGGACCCACGUAACCCAGUUCUACAGCAGUUCCUUGAAUUGCUCAGAAAGGUUGCUUAUAAUUCGUCAGAAGCAGAGGCUAUGUCCUUUCUCGAUGCAUCAGGUAUCACUAAUAGAGAUUUAAUUGGUUCGACUAUUUGGGAACUGAGGGAAGAGUGUAAAGCUGCUUUUUUGGCAUUUGAAUGGGGCAAGAAGUGGAAUUGCUACGAUGAAAAUGUUUAUCAAUUGAUGAUAUGGGUUUUGGGCCAUCCAAAGUUUUCCACUGCGUGGGGUUUGAUUCAAGAUAUGCAUCGGUCUUCUCUGUGUAUACGGCAGGCUAUGCUUAUUAUGAUUGAGAGAUAUGCACUUGGAAAUGACUCGGCCAAGGCUAUCCAAACAUUCAACUUCAUGGAAAAGUUCAGAAUGACCCCUGAUCAGGAAGCAUUCCAUGCUUUUUUGCAUGCACUUUGUAAGCAUGGGCACAUUGAGGAGGCUGAAGAGUUUAUGCUUCUGAAUAAGAAGCUCUUCCCACUUGAGACUGAGAGUUUCAACAUUAUUCUGAAUGGGUGGUGCAACAUAUCAGUAGAUCUAGUUGAAGCGAAGAGAGUUUGGAGAGAAAUGUCAAACUAUUGUAUAACACCCGAUGCUACCUCAUAUAGCCAUAUGAUUUCUUGCUUUUCAAGGACGGGAAAUCUUUUUGACUCGCUUAGACUUUAUGAUGGGAUGAAGAAAAGGGGUUGGAGCCCUGGGAUGGAGGUGUACAAUUCUUUAGUUUAUGUUUUGACUCACGAAAAUUGCUUGAAGGAAGCUCUGAAGAUGAUAGAUGAUAUGAAAAAAGGUGGCUUGCAGCCAGAUUCUGCCACCUUUAACUCAAUGAUACUGCCUCUUUGCAAGGAAAGAAAACUAGCGCAUGCAAGAAUCUUAUUAAAUACAAUGGUAGAGGAGAAUCUUAGACCAACAAUUGAAACCUUCCAUGCUUUUCUUGAGGGAACAGAUUAUCAAGGGACAUUGGAAUUUCUCAGUAGGAUGAAAAGUGCUAGUUUAGGACCUAAUGGCGACUCCUUUCUUAUACUUCUUGAAAAAUUCUUCAAGUUGGAGCAACCUCUAAAUGCAUUGAAAAUUUGGCAGGAAAUGAAAACUUUUGAAGUACUGCCCAGUUGUAUGCAUUAUAGAAGAAUGGUAGAAGGUCUUGUGACUUGUGGAUGGCUAGUUAAGGCCCGGGAAUUUCACAAGGAGAUGAUAUUAAAUGGAUGUUUGGAAGAUCCAAGGCUAAAGAAGCUCUUGCAGGGAGAAAUGCCUGAUAAUAGUGAUAAAGAUAAACAGCAUGUUAAAAUGACCAACUUUGGUAAAAGACCCAAUCAUUUGAAACGCAAGAUGAAACGGAAGAAUCCAUGAGAGGCCCAAGAAAGAGGAGAAUCUCAAACUUAGGACUGCAAUUACAAAAGCUACCACAGUUUAUCUUGUUAGUCAACCUUUUACCGUAGAGAAGACCAUAAGAUCAAUUACAUGAAGCAGGCUACUUUUUGCCCCUUCAUGAACGAGCAAUUCUUGCCUGCAUAUGAUACAUGCAUCCAAUGGUUGUGAUUGUGUUCGUAGAUGAAGAGUUCACACAAAGAGACAAGAAAUUUUCCAAAACCUGAGCCAACCUUUGAUUGUUUUGGUUUUCAUAUCAAGAGCAUGUUUACUGAGGAUAUGGGAUAGACUUAAGAGAGGUUGUUGUGUAUUUGACCCUCUUCUAAUAUUCUUUAUGGGUGAUAUGAAUGUAGACCCGAUCUUAUCAGGACAUUCUCUUUUUGCGAGCUUAUAUUUGCAAACAUAACAGGGAUAUAUUUGCUACUGA